GUUUCACGGAUCGGGGCGCUCCUCCAGGGGCUAGGAUGCGCGCCCGGAACAUCCCGAUUCUUACCGGGUUUUGGGGCUGAGCAGGACUCCACCGGCCCGGGGCGCCGAGCGAGGAGGACCCAGUCCGCCCGGACCAGGAUGCCGGUAAUGAGAGGUCUGCUAGCUCCGCAGAACACGUUCCUCGACACCAUCGCGACCCGUUUCGACGGCACCCACAGCAACUUCGUGCUGGGGAAUGCCCAGGUGCAGUCUCUCUAUCCAAUCGUCUACUGCUCGGACGGCUUCUGCGAGCUGACUGGCUACGCCCGCGCCGAGCUCAUGCAGAAGAGCUGCGCGUGCAACUUCCUGUACGGGCCCGAGACCAGUGACCGGCUAACAGCGCAGAUCCAAAGCGCGCUGGAUGAUCGGCGUGAAUUCAAGACUGAACUGGUCUUCUACAAGAAAGGAGGUUCUCAGUUCUGGUGUCUGCUGGAUAUCGUGCCGAUAAAGAACGAAAAGGGAGAGGUCGUGCUCUUCCUGGUAUCACAUAAAGACAUUACAGACAACAAAAAAGACCAGGAUGAAGAGCUGUGCCCUGAGACAGAUGAGGAGACUGGCCUGGAGGUUCAUAAGGUCCCGAGACCGCAAGGCUUCAACGCCAACCGUCGACGCAGCCGUGCUGUGCUGUACCAGCUCUCAGGACACCUGCAGAAGCAGGACAAGACCAAGCUCAAGCUCAACAACAACAUGUUUGGGGAGAAACCACCUAUUCCAGAAUACAAAGUAGCCGCUAUUCAGAAGUCUCGGUUUAUACUUCUCCAUUACGGUACCUUCAAGGCUGGCUGGGAUUGGUUGAUUCUGUUAGCUACCUUUUAUGUGGCGGUCACCGUACCCUAUAACGUCUGUUUCACCGUGGUGGGCGGGCGGGACGAUGCCACAGCCCCCAGGAGUCCACCAAGUGUGAGUGACAUCUUGGUGGAGAUCCUUUUCAUUCUAGACAUUGUGUUAAACUUCCGCACCACAUUCGUGAGCACGUCAGGACAGGUGGUGUAUGAUGCUCGUUCCAUCUGCGUGCACUACGUGACCACCUGGCUCUUUGUGGACCUGAUUGCUGCGUUGCCCUUUGACCUACUCUACGCGUUUAACGUCAGCGUGUACUUUGGUGUUCAUCUCUUGAAGACAGUUCGGUUGUUAAGACUCCUGCGCUUACUACAGAAGCUCGAGCGCUACUCUCAGUACAGUGCCGUGGUGCUCACCCUGCUCAUGUCUAUGUUUGCGCUGCUGGCCCACUGGAUGGCUUGUGUUUGGUACUUCAUUGGCCGCCGCGAGAUCGAGAACAACAGCCCUGGAUCCUGGGACAUUGGCUGGUUGCAUGAGUUAGCCAAACGUCUAGGGACGCCAUACUUCCUCGCCCCCCUCACCUCGUUCCUCCCUGAAUCUCUGCGGCCCGCCCUUCUGGAUGGGCUGAGCAGCAACGCCAGCCAGUGGAACUCCUCCAUCACCGACGUAGCAGGCAGGGACACGACAGGGAACUCGAGCCAAUGGAACGGGACAGGGGCGGGGCAGACGAGCGGAGGCGGCACGGGACAGGUGGGCUCGCUGCUGGCGGGCGGGCCGUCGGUGCGGAGCUCCUAUGUGACGUCACUGUACUUUGCCCUGAGCAGCCUGACCAGUGUGGGCUUUGGCAACGUUUCGGCUAACACAGACUCUGAGAAGAUCUUCUCCAUUUGCACCAUGCUGAUCGGAGCGCUAAUGCACGCCGUGGUUUUCGGGAACGUGACGGCCAUCAUCCAGCGCAUGUAUUCGCGACGCUCACUCUACCACACGCGCACCAAAGACCUGAAGGAUUUCAUCCGGGUGCACCGGCUGCCCAAGGCCCUGGAGCAGCGCAUGCUGGAGUGCUUCCAGACCACCUGGUCCGUCAACAACGGCAUCGACGUCAGCGAGCUCCUGAAGGACUUUCCCGAUGAGCUGCGCGCUGACAUCGCCAUGCACCUGAACAAGGAGCUUCUGCAGCUCCCGCUGUUCGAGUCGGCCAGCCGCGGGUGCCUGCGCUCGCUCUCGCUCAUCAUCAAGACGUCGUUCUGCGCACCCGGAGAGUUCCUCAUCCGCCAGGGCGAUGCUCUGCAGGCCAUCUACUUCGUCUGCUCCGGCUCCAUGGAGGUGCUGAAGGACAACACCGUACUGGCCAUACUGGGUAAGGGCGACCUGAUUGGCUCCGACUCGCUGACGAGGGAACAGGUGAUCAAGACAAACGCCAACGUGAAGGCGCUGACCUACUGUGACCUGCAGUACAUCAGCCUGAAGGGCCUGCGUGAGGUGCUGCGUCUCUAUCCCGAGUACGCGCAGAAGUUCAUCAGCGAGAUCCAGCACGACCUCACCUACAACCUGCGGGAGGGCAACAGCACAGAUGUGGACUGGGAGAGCAAUGGCGGCCUUGUGAAGAAGCUCCCGUCCAUCCGCGAGGAUGAGGAAAACGACGAAGAGCAGCACACGGUGUCGCGGGCGCCGCGCUCCCCGCUGCGGCUCACCAGGGGCCUGAGUUCACCCCUGCGCUCGCCCCUUCUGCCUCCACGACCCUUCCGGCCGCCCUCGGACCACAGCCGGCCUGCCACGCUGCAGAUCCCUGUGGUCAGCUUCAGUAACGCCCCCCCGGAGCUCAGCCCCAGGUUUGUGGAUGGCAUUGAGACUGAGAGCCACUCUGGCUCUGCUCAGAGGUUCGAGUUCAGCAGUGCUCUACCUCAUAGCGGCCCUCCAUCCCCGAGUCUUGUGAGCCUGGAGCAGGCGGAGACAAGACAGAGCAUCAGCAAACUCAGUGAAGAGAUGACCACCCUGUCACAGCAGGUCUCCCGGCUCAGCCGGGAAAUCCAGGAAGUGACACGCCUCCUCCAGCCUCUCUUUCUCCCUGGCUCGCAGCCACUCAUGACGACUGUUCCUGCAUCGCUCACUCUGCCUGCCAACGGUGCCAGCGGACCCUCCCACACUUUCCCAACAGCUCCGGGCGCUCCGGCCGCUCCCUGCUCCCCUCUCAGGCCUGCCUGCUCCCUGCUGGACAGCACAGCCCCCGGGGGCAUGCCAGUUCUUCCCAGUUGCCUUAUACCCUCCGGCCCUCCGCAGAGAGCGCAGUCUCGAUUGCAGAACUCCCAGGCGUGUUGUCUGAAGGGCUCCCCUCAUGUUCCCCUGUGCCCUGCAGAGGCUGUCCAGAAAGAGAGCGCCCGACAGCCCGGUAGCCCCGCGGGCUCCGGUAUUGGCCGCGGCCGGCCGGCUCCUGACCGGCCGCUCACGUCCCAUACCCCUUCCCUCUCUCUCUCUUCUUCCCGUUCUCCAUCCCCGUCCUUUUCGCCCUCCCAGGGACCCCACCGCUCCUGCCCCUCCGGCCACGCCCGAGGCCCGUUGGCCACGCCCUCUUCCCAGGACACUCCGCCCCUGCCAUCCUCUCACUGCUCGGUGCCUCCCUCGCUGAGCGGCUCCCCGGGUGACCGCAGGGCAGCGGCGGGCCGGUCCCCGGCGUCCUCCCCCACGCCCCUGCUCCAGGCUCCGCCCUCCUACCCUCAUCCCUCCACCUCUUCGCUGUACUCCCCGAGGGACGUGCAAGGAUCGCUCGGCUCCUCGUGGCUCCGGCAGACCUCGAGCUCUGGCCAGGCGGGGACUGGCCCCGAACCCCCACAGCUGGAGCUGGAGAUGCAGGAGUGGAACAUGGGAGAGAGGAGCUCGGUGGAGCACAUCAGCUACAUCGAUGAGGAGGGACCACCACUGUGAAAGUCAUGGGGAGUGACAGAGAUGAGAGGAGGUACCUCAACCAGGAGUUGGGCUACAGCACAAGAGACCAAAUAAGGGCGGCAGGCGGAUAAAGAGAGAAUUAGAAGUUUACUUUGUCAUCCAGAAGGUUCCAUCCGCUACAUGAGAAACGGACAAAAUGGACUGGGAUUCUUCAAACUUGAGGUUUUUAUGACUGGCACUGAUAGCGUCCAACCGUUUCGAUGCACGGAAACCUGACACCAGCUAAUCCCCAACCAUAUCAACACAAAAGGGCGGGGCGCUUGUCUGAGAUUGACAGGAGCGCAGUGGCAUUAUCAGGCCCUCACUGAGGCUCCGAUCACGGCAACUGCAAUUCUUAAUGAACCCAGCAAACGAGAAAUUGCAGCGAGAAUUUGUCCCGUGAAGAGUUUCAAGGCCAGGUAUUAGCAUGCGUGGAUGCAGGCUAGCCUUGUAAGCCCAAGUAGAUGCCAUGUGCUGUUUAUGAUGUGACUCUUCUAUACUGCCCAAACAUGAGAGCUUCAUGUACAACCUACCACAGCAGACAAACGCAUCUGAUGAACCCGUUUCAUUAUAAUGUAUGUCACAAAUCUACUCUUCUGCUUCUUCCUAGCAGAGCACAAAAAGACGAUGCUACCGUCUAUGACCAGGUGCACCCAUUGCAUAUUUAUUUGGCUUGAGAAUAUAAACCGUACCCCAACCACAGUACAGAUUUGCGUUUGGCAACUAACUUUUAAUCCAUUCACGCUCUUUCAGUAUUUUCUGCAUCAAAGUGAUUCAGCUCAUGACCCACUUCACAUCAGACCUCCACUGCACAACAUUAUGAGGAUUCUAAAGCUACUUAACAUUAACUGUGAUUUGGAGUAAGUGAUUUGGAUGCAGAGCAGUUAGAUGCAUACAUAGUAAUCACAAAAACUCUCAGUGCCAUCCACCAUGUGGCCGAACAACGGCCAACAGUCUAGCGGGGUUCCUUUAGGAUAUCUCUUCUCCAAAGGUGACCGUAAGGGGCAUGCACAAGACAAUCGCAACACACCACUCAUAGGUACCCAGACAGGAAUGCAGAAAAAACCCCAGCUAAGAUUCACACUGCACCAGCCUGGCAUGCCAACGAGUGGAAAGACUGAGCGAAACAAGGUGGCAUUGCCAAACAGCAGACGUUAGGAAGUUAAGCAAAGAAGGGCCGGGGCCAUAUGGCGGCCAGGCCGAGCAGACGCCAAGGUGGACACCAUGGCAACGGCAGAAAGACUGCGAGCUAGACACUUGGGACACACUUAGAGGGGGAGAGGAGCUCCUAUGUCGUAUGUCUAAAACAAACAACAAAAAACCACACAGACACACACAAAUACACACUCAAACACACAGAGCUCUAGCCAUCCAGCCAUGUGUGCCUUUUUCUAGAAACAUCAGACACCCCCUAAAGUUUUCCCUUUGUUUUGUGUUCAGUAUUGUGAUUCUUUACAAAAAAAGCCUUCUGUCAUGUCAUAUCAUUUGGAGCACUGCACUUUUAGUACAUACUAAUUAUUUAUUCACCUAUUUAUUAGUUUAUUUUUAUUUAUUGGCCUGUUAUACUGAUGAGGAAUUUGUUAUGAAGAGCUUACAGUAAAUAUCUGUAAACCUGGUGCCAUCUGACAAAACCUACAGAAGCAACUCCAUCAUCAAACAAAUGCAGUCACGCAUGGUAAAGCUUUUAUAAUGGAGAUAAUAUCUCCUCAAAUUGCAUAUCGGAGUCCAAACAGCUACGGUAGCUGAAAUCAAGAUGCUCGAGUAACCACUUUGUUCCUAAUUCUGGUCCAGUCAUCCACACCGUUCACCUGACCCAGAAACACAAUCAUGACAGCUUAUUGGUUUGCUGGGCCCACACACAUGGCAUGAGCGCAUCAUUCUUCGGUCCAUCCCCGGCAGGUGCACUUGCUUGGGUAGGGACAGGGCAUGUUAUUGGCAUCAGAAUGGAGUAACCUCGAUUCUAUUUUCUUUACCUAGGAACUGCGUGAAGGCAUCUGAAUGCAAGUUUAUG